AUGCCGCCACAGACGCUCUCUGACUGUCUUGCCCGAGUCCCGUCCAGUGGCGGCCAGUCAGUCUGGGAAUCGGCAGGGAGAGAGGAGCGUGUAGCCCCGCUGGAGCACUUGGCCGAUGCUGUCGCGCCCAUGCCGUCACACGCUCACUGUUCGCUCCGGGGCGACGCGAUAGCGGCCCACGAACUAUGGUCUGGUGGUUUCGGGUCUCGCUGCAAAGUCGGCGAUUCAUUCGCGGCGCCCCCGACUUCUGUGAAUCCCUUCCGCCCCACCAUGACCCGUUCUGGGGCCUCCGACGUGACAGCAUCAACUACUGUCUCUUCCAGAGCGAGUCAGGCUUCUUCCUUUGAAUGGUGCCCGUCUUCCACUGCGUGCGAGCCGGCGUCAGCAUGUCCUACCCAAGAUGAGGAAAUCAAUUCAACACUUUCCCCUUCGCCAUCGCCCUGCAACCUCCUUCAGUUCGACUUGAGUUCUUCAGCUACGGCUUUUACGUGUCGAGAGUCGUCCCUCCCAGUGGGAGCAUCUCAGCCUCCCGGCCUUACCGCCAACGCGCUGCCCCCGGCUCUCGUUAAGCGAGCAGCGGCGGCGAAACAGAAGGCAACUCCAGAGCCUUUGAAGUCAACGCUUCCACAUGUUUCUCAGAUCGACGGCGUUUCCUAUACUGCUCCGUUUGAGUGCACUUCCUCAAUAGGCGCGACGAAUGCGGUGUCGGCCGCGGCGGCCGCUGUCUCUCCCGUCUCCGACGAAGAGCAUGACCUCCAUCUCGUGCCUCUAUCGCCUUCGUGCCAAACCCAGGGGCAUCUGCAGGUGCACCGAAGCUACGCGACUCCUUGCCUUCCGUCGACAUCACGCAUGGGCGAGUUCGGCAGCCCCGGCUUCCCUCAGGAGAAAACUGACCCGGGAGUCCCCUGGGGACUCGAGAGAUACUGCUAUCCUGAGCUGUGUACACCCACCGUGGCAGGGUCCGAGGAGCCCCUCCAUUUCGCUUCAUGUCAUCCGGAGUCCUUUGGCCUGUUGCAAGGCAGCAGUCGCUGCAUCGACGCGUUCUGCUGCGGCGCAUGCUCGACGGAUGCCGUGGAUCAGUGUGCCGGUCUAUGCGGCGGAGCAAGUCAGAGGCGACCAGCUGUCAGGCGCGAAGCGGGUCAGGUUCCACUAACGCAUUCGGCCGACUCGAGCAUUAGUCGAGACUUCCAUCGACUUCCUGGAUUCAAGACUGCUGGCGCGCCCGAGAGAGAUCCUUCGUUGUUUCCUGGAGCGCCACGCGGGGGGAAAGACUUGCCGGUGGACGACGGUGGGGACAGCCUGUGCAACCCGUACCAGGAAUUACAGAACUUGACAGAAGGCUCCCCGCUUCACGAGAGAGCUGGAGCCCUUUUUCCGUACCUGCGGCUAGAAACCGAAACGCCCGGAUACAGCAGCCCUUACAAAUAUCAAGCUCUCGAUUCGCCCUCAUCGUAUAAGUGGAAGACGUUGACCACGUCCCCGAGAGAGAGUCGUCUGAGCCGGUCCAUAUCGCCAUCGACGUGGGACGGACUCUCAAUUUAUCUCAGCGAAUCGGACGCAUUUUAUCAAGACAUGUCCUUACAAUCAAGUGGCGAUACUCCUAGCUCCCCGCUCGUGCGAAGGUCAGGGGUGAGCAGACUCCUCACAUCCGAUGACCCCAUCGGAGAGCCUCUGACGCCCACAGACGUCUCACCGGGUGGUCCAUCCCGUCUCUCCACAAGGUCAGAAUUGGUGCACACGGAGAGCAGUCAGCUGGCGACUCCAAAUCUCCCCCUCUGCGCGGGAAGCCCAGCUCCGCCUUCCGAGGAGUUGCGCAGUCUCGCUGACACUGACAGACCUGGGGCCGCUCUCCCGGUUCCCGUCGGCCAUCCCUCCUACCAAUUCGCCACUGUGACUCCAGAAGCAGUAUCUAGUUCAACUGCUAAGCGAGGCUUAGAGGCGAGUGCGUGGUGGGAGGAAAACUCGACCGGCCAGCAGCGACUCCCCGAGCAGUCACGAUGCCUCCCAGAAGGAACCUGCGGAGACGCUGCGGCGUCUUCCAGAAGUCAAAAGGGCAAUGGAAGCAGCUGUCCUGCAGAAAAUCCAUGUAUUUCUGGAAGCCCGGACGCAGCGGCGACACGGGAUUCAAUCAGUAGUGGAGUUCCUGGGACAGCGUCGUGCCAUUCGGCAUGUCAAGACAGUUACGUUUCUGGUGAAUGCAGUGAAGGCAAAGGCGCCGGGGACUGUAAGGCGGAAGGAGGAAUUCCGACAGCCUCGUGCAGUUCUGGCCAGGGCUUCGCGGCGAUUCCGCAGUCGGACACGACUGGAUCUGCAGAAGGAACCGCCAACGCGUGCCAUGUUGGGACGCUUGCGUCGGUCGCUCCACCGGGGACAGCUCCACAUUCGAUCUCGACGGCGUGUUCUUCACUGUCGUCAGAGAGUGGAGCAGCGGCGCCUACACCGUUUCCUGCAGUCCGGACGGAGAGGCAGGACUCGGCCGGAACCAUGUCGCCCGUUUCCUGCUCUGGUUUUUCUCCCGCUACCAUUGCCUCAUGCCAUGGAGGCAACGGCAGCAACUUAGGUCUGCCCUCGAUCCCUGCUGGCACGUCUUGUUUUUCUGCGCUCGCUCAUAGUGCAGCAUUGCCUGCGAACAAGUCCGCAGUCCCGUGUGGUGACGGCGAGUCGUAUCAGACCUUUGCCCAGGCAGCGAAUUACUCGUCUCUCGUGCGGGCAUCCCACUUGUCUUCGACCGGUGCAGCUGCGUGGAGCUUCGUUCGUGGAAUGCCGGGGAGCGUAGCCUCAAAACCGGCUGUCGCUGCUGGGCUUAUUCGCUGUGCGUCUUCUUUUGUCGCCAGUGUGCCCGUAACCCAGCAACGUACGCAGCCAGCUCCUUCAGUUCCGCCUUGUUCCCCAGAGAAUUUUGCAGUUCGCCCACAGCCUUUUGUGACGCCAAGGACGACCGGAGACGGCCAACUUCCCAGGCAGCCCGCCGUCCUGCAGCAGUCGAUGCCGCAGAUCGCCAAGGCUCCAGCAGCUGGAAAGGCAUGGGCUCCGACAGAAGUGAGCAUUCAACAAGGCGUCAGCACACCGCCCCAGUUCUGCCCGACUCGUGCGCCUCUCAACGGCGUCGGGGCAUCUUCGAAUUUGUUGGCAGCGACAGGCGCAUCACACGCUGAUUGCACGAAUUUGUCAGCAAUGAAGUACCCCUAUUUUUGUCCCCCAGCUGCUCACCUCGGUCGGCCGACAGGGGCGCCGCCGUUUGGAAAUGUCAGUUGUUUGGCAAAGGAUGAGCCUCCAACUUUCGAAGAGCAUGAGCAUGGCGAGACGCAACGCGAGACAACCUUCGACUUUGGUGGCCCGACUGCGGUCCCCAUCAGAACCCGAAAGGGAUUUCGCAAACCUCUUCCUCUGCCGCAGGAGAUGCUGGCAUGCCCUGGAGAUGUCGGAGACGCGGAACGAGGCAAUGAGCCUGUACUUCAGUACGAUGCAGCUUCUCGCGAGUGGAGGGUUUUCUGGGUUGAAGAUAGACUAGCGCGAUACAAAGUCUUCCAGGCAAAAAAAUUUGGCAAAGAGCGUGCCCAGCAACUUGCCGAGGACUGGUAUCAUAGAGCCCGAGCUGGACAUGUUUCUGUCGGCUCCAGGGGUCUCCGCGGUGUCCAAAGCCAAGGCGCUCCAAAAGCGAAGAAAAUCAAAACGGAAGCUUAG